UAUUAACUUCCGGUCACAGUCUUCCGGUUUCAAGAAAGAAAGACUUGUUGUGUCCAAUUUGCAUGUUAUGACGCGGGAAAUACAACAAUCCGACGGACAAUGAUAUUUAAAACAAUAGGUUACGUUCACAAAAGUCUUAAAGAUGCUAGAUAGCGAUUGUGGACGUCACCCGUGCAGAAAAUGGCCAGUUUAUAUCAAAUACAGACGCCCAGUUUCAAAGCUGAUACAGUCUUUUGCUUUGUUAUAAUUUUCAUAUUCAUAUGGCCGUCAGUGUAUAUGCAUUGUUGGCACGAUUUUGUACAGGAGGAUAUUGUCGAGUCUACAUAUCUUGAAUAUGAAAAUGACCAAGAUUUAUCAUAUCACACUGGGAAUUAUGAUAUAGGUCGAAACAAAAGGGCAUCCAAGAAUCAAUAUCAAUCAAUUAGGAUAAAACCGGAGUAUAUUUUUGGAAAGGGCCUCUUCGGGGAUGAAGUCGAUGUUUUGAAAGAUACCAUAGGAAGAGCCAUACGAAAAAGCAGUCAAAUUCUAUCUGUCAAACCUGUGGUGGGACCACUAUUGCUGUCAAGGACACCAUGCACAAAAACAUGGCUGUCAGGAAUCAACAAGGGAAAGUGUUCCCAACUUGAUGGCAUAAAACAAGACUAUUGCAUGGAUUAUUUAAAGAUACCUAAAUCCCAUUUGAAGGGAUACUCCGUGUACAGUGGAAGGAGUCAGUCGGCGCCAUCUCACCACGAACCUGAUGGCGCCGGUGUAGAGAAUGCAGACUAUGUUCUGUAUGUCACUGCAGAGAUCACUAGUGUCUGUUCUGGCUCAGGAGACACUGUGUUAGCCUAUGCAUCAUUUUGCCGAGUUGACCAGACUGACCGUCCAGUGGCUGGACAUGUCAACUUCUGUCCAUCAGCAUUCAGGAAGCCAGGCUUCAACAAAGAAAGACUAUACUGGAGUGCUCUCCAUGAAAUAUUCCAUGCCCUGGGGUUUUCCAAGCGGCUCUUCAAUAAGUACAAGAAAUGUAAUGAAAAUGGCCUGAACUGUACCGUCCAUCCCUCGCCAGUUCUCCGUCUUGAAGAUAACGUUAUGCGGCUGGUGACACCACAGGUCAAAAGAAUAGCUGAAGAACAUUUCCAUUGUCUGGAUAAGUUUGAUUACGGAGGGCCGAUGGAUAUCAGAAAUACGUCCCACUGGGACUCUCGCACAAUGCAGGGAUCAAUAAUGGCUGCCAAACAAGGCAUGCCUCACCUGACGUUCAUUGACUCGAUCACCCUAGCCCUGUUUGAGGACUCGGGGUGGUAUAAGGUGGAUUACAGUCAGGCUGAUGUGUAUCUGUGGGGGCGAGGAGCUGGAUGUAGUUUUGGACUCCCUUCUCAUUGUAAAUUUGAAGUGGAAUACUUCUGUCAGCAACAGGCAACUGGAUGUCACUUCCUGCACUGGGACAAAGCGAAGUGUAGCACCAACUCCCAUCUCACCCCUUGCCGAGUGUUCGAGUCCGAGCCAGGGGAUGAAUGUUGGAAGGUGCCCUCAACAGACCCGUCCAACGUCACGCUGGAAGUGUUCUCUAAGGACAGCAGAUGUUUUCUCUCAAAUAUCUCGAAGUCCGAGGGAGCCCCAUCAGUCCUCACACCUAGAUGUUUCCAUGCCCACUGUUAUGACCGGAAUCUGAUGGUCAGGGUAGAUAACUCUAGCUGGAUGCGUUGUCCUCCUGGGACACUGCUGCAGAUUCCUGGUUAUGUUGGCGCUGUGAAAUGCCCAAGUCAUGCAGCACGCAUCUGUUCCACUGUACCUCGACCUCUCACCAGCACACAAGCAACGACCACAACACAGAUUGCUCACACUGUGCCCUAUCAUACUCCCAGGGCCAGCACUACUACAGAAAACAGUGGCCAGUCUUCCUCUGCUCCACUCUGCUCAAGUGCCACUGUUGCUGCCAUCAUCCUGGUCUCCCUACAGCUCACCCACAUGCUUCCAACAUAGGAUGGCUGGUCUUCCAUCGGCAACUAGCUGACAAUGUGUUAGAUACAUGUUUUGUAUAGAUAGUUGAUUUAUCCAACUAGAAUUGACUGGUUAGUGAAAGUUUCCCCAGCUGUUUCUAACAACAGAUUCAAGUUUCAGGUUGUAAAUUUCAGCAGAAUGUAACUUGAAGUGUGGAUUUACUAUAGGACAAUAAUAUGCUUUUUUGUAUCGUCUAUUAUUUAUUUCAAAUUGCAUUAAAUGUCUGUAUUUGUAAUUGAAUGGAAACAAAGUAAUUUGAAGACUCUUGUGUUCAGUGAACAAGGUGAACAGAACUUGGGCAUUACAUGGAUUUUGUCUACCUGGGGAAGUCUGUUUUAAUUAAUGUAAUGAUACAUUGUAGUCCAACUCAGACAGACAAAUGAACUCAUGUUCACAUACAUGCUUGAUAGUUCAGGGCAGUUAAUGUGGCUCCAGGCAUUGAAAUAGUAUGACAUUUUUUUGUUUUGAAAUUUUAUUUCAUAGGGCAGUUGGGUGUACCCCAUCUUGGUACAAUUUGUGAAACCCUUUUCCUUUUUUCUUUAGCUGUGACAUGCCUUGAAAAAAUUGAAAGCAGUAUUACAAUGUACGAAGUCUUUGUUUACAGACUUUGUGACAGUUCAAAUAUUCUUCCACCAUUCAAGGCCUGGAGUACUUAAGACAUCUUCAGCUAUUGUAAUGUUGUGACAUUCUGUAACUGUGUGACGUGAAUGUGUAUCAUGCUGAUGCGAGUGAAACUAAUAAUACCAGGGGUUCAUAUCAAAUUUGAUUUGGGGAUUUCAACCCCCCAAAAGUACCCACAAGAUAUAAAGCAAAAAGUGUUUUAACCCUUAUUUGUGCCAUAAGGCGUCUCUAGUCCAUAUGUGUUUACUGAGACAGCUAGCUGAUUUAGUUGCCAAAACGACAAUGUCCACCUUUCACAACCGUGUUAAUUCAGCUGUGACAUAGAUGGGUGCUGAGAAUGUGUUUGGCACCAGAAAAUAUUUCUCUUCUACAGCCUAUGCUAAUUCAUGUAUUUGUCUGUUGUAAGUGCUUCAAAUAUUUCCCACUGUGAUUCUUGAGAAAACUUUCUCUAUCCCUGUGACCAGUGGACCAGUGUUGUUGAGUAAAGUUAACAAUCAAUAUGUUCUUCAAAACCAAUGCUAAAAGUUUGUUACCAUAAUACAAACUGCCUCUUUCGUAUUUUCUGGUAUUUUUCAGCAUCAAACACUCAAACCUUGCAGUCAGAGCAGUGAUAAUGAAUGAAAGUGCACAGUGCCUGAUGUCCUUUUUAAGAAAUGGGUCCCGAUCCACAAAGCGUUCGUAAGCGCUACGACAUUAGUAAGCCUAUGAUAAACUAUAGAGUUACGACAGGUCGUAACGUUGCUAACGCUUUGUGGAUCGAGGCCUAGAUCAACUACCACUGCAAUCUAAGCUAUAGAAAUCAAUCUAACCUGACUGCAACAUGCAGUACAACCUGUAAACAAAGAUCAGUGUCCACUGUUUCCAUGGAUACAAAGAAAGUAUAAUGUCAUUUUCUUGAAGCUUUUGAAAAGAAUUUAUUAUGCAAUAAAAGAUAAUCUUGUAGUGUUAUCGUCUCACCCAUUGUUAAUUAUGCUUUGUUAUGUGUUUUUCAAUCUAAUAUGCUGUGCAAGACAUACAAUGUGCUUCCUCUGUGAUGUCAGUCUCUUCCAAGUGUUGUCUUAUUUAAGUGUCAAGUUAUUUAAUUGUGUUAUGCAUAAUUAAACUUCAAUGCUUCCUACUGUAGAAGUGCCUUAUUUGUAAAUAUAUUUUUUUUGUAGAGACUAGCAUUGUCCAUCUGAGCACAUAAUAUAGAAGUGCCUUAUGUGUAUAUAUUAAUUUCAUAGCCUUAGAGUUUGUCCAUUUUAUUCACUGGAAGUGACAGUUUUGAUUAACAAUCAAGUUUUAUAACUGCAUUUCUUUUAGAUAUUUAUACUGUAUGGCAUAGUAUUUUAUUAAACGAUUUUAUGUAUGA